AUGCCCAAUGAAAAUAUUAGUACAAGAAACUACUGGAAAGAGAAAAUAUUUACUCCUUUAUCUAGUGCACGGGAUGUUCUAGAAGGAACUUCUUAUUGCGACUCUUCCUCUGAAGAAAUGACAAGAGGCAACGGAAACGGAAUGGAAGAAAUAUAUCAUUUGUCCAGCACAAAGUGUCAGGAAAAAAAUAAAUUUACUACGAAAGGAUACAUUUUCCAACUAAACGAAAUAGAACAAAAACCAGAUAUAGGAGAGAGUAAGGUAAACAUUUCAAGGAAUGACAGAGUCACAAAUUCAUCUUCCUACGAAUCAUCUCAGUUCGAUGUGACAACGGAAGAAAGCCGUAACAGCACGGAAGAUACAGAGAGCUGCAGGAAGUAUGACUUACAAUUACUGCGACAACACGUUAAGAAUAAGUUUAUUGAAAGAAUGCCUCCAAAACAUUGCAUGUGUUUUUUGAAUGAAGAACUAGAAGAACUUGAAACAAAAUGUAGAAAACCAGAAAAUAAAUUAGAAAAUGUUGAAAAAGAACUUUUGUACUCCAAAAAAGAGGUAUUCAGAAAACCUGUGAACUUUGAAGAAAGACACAAAUGUGGUUCAAAAAGCGACUAUGAACUUCAAACUUUAAGAAAUGACCGGUCUGAGAAAGCAACAAAUGCAAAGAACUUAACUGAACAGCUCCAGCGAGCCACAGAGCUCAUAUGUGACUUAAGUAGGGAAAAUAGAGAUUUGAAAGAAACCCUUAAAAAGUUAAAGCAUCAAACCGAGUUUGGAUAUGUGCUCCUAAAAGAAGAAAUGCAAUUUAAUCGUGAAUUAGAAAUGGCAAAGAUCCAUAGACAACUCACCGACCUCAAGUAUGAACUGAGAGCUGAGAAGCGCCUACGAGCAAUAAAUGACAGAGCCUUGGACUUGCUUACAAAACAGUUUGCCUGGAUGUCAAUAUCAAGUAUCCAUAACCACUUUACUGGGCAUUUUUUUUAA